CCGGUGACAGGGAGGCUGCUGGGAUAAAGAUGGCAGCUUCCUUUUGUUUCUCCGCUCUGACUUCACUCUGAGGGGGACUUCACUUCCCUCCGCACCUACCCGGGUUUCCGUCGCUCUCCCGGGGCUUCACACCGACAGUCGACCGAGGAGAAGAUGGAGAAAAGCGCGAGCAUCGACAGUUUGGGCUCGAAACGCUCCUCGUCCCGUCAUCCGAGUGUUGAUUCAUUGUCCAGUACGUCCACUUCUCGCUCUGACCGCUCGGCCCAGUCCAAGCCGCCCUCUGCCAUGUCCUCGGACUCCGUGUCCACAUCUGCAGAGUUUUCCCCGGAGCUCAGGGUCAAACCCAAAACUCCUGCCAAGUGUUUCCAGCAGGUGCUUAGGGAUUCCGAAAAAGAGGAACCACAGUUACUUCCAAAUGAAACUGUGCAAGACAUGGCCCAAGACAUCACCUACUUCUGUCCCUUCACCGGAGCACUGAGGGGAACAGUGAUGGUUACUAACUACAGACUGUUUUUCAAAUGCAUUGAAAGGGAACCAGCGUUUGUGCUGGACCUGCCCCUCGGGGUGGUGAGUCGUGUGGAAAAGAUUGGAAGUGCUUCGAGCCGCGGUGACGUGUCCUAUGGCUUAGUUUGCAAGGAUGUGCGUAAUCUUCGAUUUGCACACAAACAGUUGGAGGACACACUCAGGAAGUCCAUUUUCGAAGUGCUGAUAAAAUAUGCGUUUCCCGUUUCCAACGGGCUGCAAAUCUUUGCCUUUGAUUAUGGACAAGUGUUUCCUGAAAACGGGUGGAAGGUAUAUGACGCCGUCUCGGAGUACAAAAGACAGGGUAUACCCAAUGAAAGCUGGAGGAUAACGAAGAUUAACGAACACUUCGAGCUGUGUGACACCUACCCAUCAACUCUCGCCGUGCCCGUCAACAUACCAGACGAAGAGGUGAAGAGAGUCGCUGCCUUCCGAGUGAAGUCCAGGAUACCUGUUUUAUCGUGGAUCCAUCCGGAGAGCCAAGCGACCGUGACGCGCUGCAGUCAGCCAAUGGUCGGGGUAACCGGGAAGCGCAGCAAGGAGGAUGAGAAAUACCUCCAGUCGAUCAUGGAUGCUAAUGCUCAGUCCCAUAAACUGUUCAUCUUUGAUGCCAGGCCCAGUGUCAACGCUGCCGCUAACAAGAUGAAAGGGGGCGGAUAUGAAAGUGAGGACGCUUAUCAGAAUGCAGAGCUGGUGUUCUUGGAUAUUCACAACAUCCACGUGAUGAGGGAGUCACUGCGCAAGUUGAAGGACGUGGUCUACCCCAACAUCGAGGACUCCCACUGGCUCUCCAAUCUGGAGUCCACUCACUGGCUCGAGCACAUCAAGCUGAUUCUGGCCGGAGCGCUGCGGAUUGCAGAUAAGGUGGAGUCUGGGAAAACAUCAGUGGUGGUCCACUGCAGCGACGGCUGGGACCGCACAGCCCAGCUCACCUCCCUGGCCAUGCUCAUGCUGGACGGCUACUACCGCACCAUUCGCGGCUUCGAAGUGCUGCUGGAGAAAGAGUGGCUGAGCUUUGGUCACCGCUUCCAGCUGAGAAUCGGUCAUGGCGAUAAAAACCACACAGACGCAGACCGGUCACCUGUUUUCAUUCAGUUCAUUGACUGCGUCUGGCAGCUGACGCGUCAGUUCCCUGCAGCUUUUGAGUUUAAUGAAUACUUCCUGGUCACCAUUCUGGAUCACCUGUACAGCUGCCUGUUUGGGACAUUCUUGUGUAACAGUGAACAGCAGAGGGUGAAGGAGGAGGUUCCCAGAAGGACGGUGUCUCUGUGGUCUUAUAUCAACAGCCAGCUGGAGGAGUUCACCAAUCCUCUGUAUGUGAACUACUCCAACCAUGUGCUGUUCCCUGUAGUCAGCCUGCGCCAUCUGGAGCUUUGGGUUGGCUACUACAUACGCUGGAACCCUCGUAUGAGACCUCAGGAGCCUGUUCAUCAGCGCUACAAGGAGCUGCUGGCGAAGCGUGCCGAGCUGCAGAAGAGGGUGGACGAGCUUCAGAGAGAGGUGACCAACCGUUCCGCCUCCUCUUCCUCUGAGCGGGCGGGCUCCCCCACACGCUCCAUCACUCCAGUGCAGACUUUUGUUUGACACAACUUGACCCUCAUGAAGCUGAGUCCCACUAGUAAGAAGGCCUCACCUGGCGCGUUGAUGUACUAUCACCAAACAGUCUGCUGAAGCGGAUGACUGUGCUUGCGUCUCAUAGAGGUUCUGUAGAAUCUGCCUGCAACAGAAGAGAGUCUGUCUCAGACCACUUGACCACAGCCAUAAUGUUCUCAUCCUCUGGGGCGAGAGGAAAUGUAACAAGAAUAUCGGAGACUGUUCCGCGCAUUAAACUGACUACAAUCAGGGUUGAUCAUAUUUAAAGGACACUAAAAUAUUACUCUGUUUUAAACAAGCCUGCCUUAUACAUUUCAUAACAACACUCGCGUUGCUCCUCUACAAUGCAAAUAUUUGCAGUAGAUGAUUUGUUGAGCUUAAGCAAUGUGGACAUGUAAAAUGCUGCAAAUAUCACCUAAAAUGCGUGGAAGUUGUUAAAUACUGACUUUAAAAUGUAGCUUAAGGGCUGUAAUCCUAGGUCUAAUUUUAAAAAGAGUCAUAGAGCGCAUAAAAAAACAUUGAUGGUUUCUCUUCGGAGUCGGUGCUUUUAGAUUGUUGUGACCAAAUAUCUGUUUUUUUUAUAUAUAUAGUUCCUGUGUCAAACAGUUAAUUACAUUCCUGUCAUUGAGUUUUGUAAGUUUCAUCAACUAGUCAGCACUAUUUAUUCUCCUUUAGUUCAGACUUUGUAUUUAUAGCUCACAAACACACAUGUCAUCAAUUCUUAUGAGAUCUUCCCAUCUAAAUGUGAAUAAGCUGCACCCAACAGUUCAUCGAUCAGUCCCAGUUAACAAGCAUCGACUCACACUUGUGAUCAUUUUCGCCAAAUGCUUUUUAAAACUAUUAUCAAAUGUCAUGUUUAUUUUUUAAUAAGUAGCCAAAAUUGUAACGACUGAUAAUUUGCUCUGGGUAUUUUUAAGUAUAUUAAUCUUAAUGAUGAUCUGUGCCUUGCUCUGGAUGAUUGGGAAAAUGAGAGAGUAGAACGGUUGAACGCUAAAUACAAUGUUAGCCUGCUUUUCCACUGUGUAUGUGAAUACUUGCAAUAAACACAUGACUCAGCUCA